CUCUCUCUCUGUCUGUAAACACCCCACUUAUAGAAGAUUUGCUUUUAAAUCAAACUUUAUCAGUGAGGCUGAGGCGGACAGAGGCGGAGAUGGAGUGAUAUCUUGUUUCUCCUCAUGUCUUCUUUCUUUUGUCUUCUCUUCUUCAACUUCUCUACUUCCUCCACCCACCUCUCUCUCUCUUUGUGUCUCUCUCUCUUUGUGUCUCUGUCCCUCAGCUUUAAAAGGUUUCUUAACUUAGUGGCUUCACAUCAGGGCCGUCGAUGCUUCUGAUCAAAGAGAUCUCAACCUUGAAGGAGGAAAAGCUGGAGCUGAAGGAGAGAUAGAAGAACAUGAAGAGGAGCUGAAGAAGAAGAACAAGGCGAUCAUGAUUCACUCAAAUCACUCGAUCCACUCCAUCUUCUGCUGCUGCUGCACCGUACAGAGCAGGGAGAUCAGCACCCGCAUGGAGCUGGAGGGAAGCACCUCUUCAUGUUUCCAGAGCAGACGAUACCCAGGGCACGCCUGCCGGGUCGACAGGUCGAGGAAGAAGCUCCCUCUCCCGCCUCCCGACGAUGACGAUGGGGAAGAUCAGGGGUUGCUGAAUGUCGUCGCCAUGUAUGACUUCACCGCCAAGGAGGACAGUGACCUCACACUCAAACAGGGAGAAGAGUACGUCAUCCUCCACAAACAGGACCAGCUGUGGUGGAGAGCGCAGGACAAACACGGGAAUAAAGGCUUCAUCCCGAGCAACUACGUGACGGAGAAAAACAGAAUCGAGGCAAACUCGUGGUACUGCAAGAACAUCACCAGGACAGAAGCUGAGCAGCUGCUGAGACAGGAGGACAGAGAGGGGGGUUUCGUGGUGCGGGAGUCCAGUCAGAAGGGAGUCUACACCGUCUCUGUCUAUACCAAACCAUCCAGUGCUGUCGGGGAUAUUCGGCACUACCAGAUCAAAAUAAGUGACGCAGGACAGUUCUUCCUGGCUGAAAAACACACCUUUACCUCCAUACCUGAAGUGAUACACUACCACGAGCACAACGCAGCAGGUCUGGUGACCCGGUUGCGGUAUGCAGUGGGUCCAAUGGGAAGGUGUGUCCCCGCCACCGCAGGAUUCAGCUCAGAGAAGUGGGAGAUCAACCGCAGUGAGUUGAUGUUCAUGAAGGAGCUGGGCAGCGGUCAGUUUGGCGUGGUGAGGCUCGGCAAGUGGAGGGCUCAGCACCGAGUCGCCAUCAAGGCCAUCAGAGAGGGAGCCAUGUACGAGGAGGACUUCGUCGAGGAGGCUAAAGUCAUGAUGAGGCUGUGCCACCCUAAACUGGUGCAGCUGUACGGUGUUUGCCUGGAGCAGCGUCCGCUGCUCAUCGUGGCCGAGUUCAUGGUGAACGGCUGCCUGCUGAACUUCCUGCGGCAGAAGAGCCGUGCCCUGAAGGAGGCGUGGCUUCUGUCCAUGUGCCAGGACGUGUGUGAGGGCAUGGAGUACCUGGAGGCUCAGAGCUUCAUCCACAGAGAUCUGGCAGCCAGGAACUGUCUGGUCAAUGACCUCAAUGUUGUGAAGGUCUGCGACUUUGGGAUGACCAGGUACGUUCUAGACAACCAGUACACCAGUUCAAGUGGGGCCAAGUUCCCCGUGAAGUGGUCUCCUCCGGAGGUUCUCCACUUCAGUAAAUACAGCAGCAAGUCUGACGUCUGGUCCUUCGGUGUGGUGAUGUGGGAGAUCUACUCGGAGGGUCGGACUCCGUUUGAAAACCGCUCCAACCUGGACGUGGUCAACGAGAUCACCAGAGGAGUCCGUCUGUACCGACCGCAGCGAGCCUCACCGCCGCUCUUCACCAUCAUGUACCGCUGCUGGCACGAGAAGCCUCAGGGUCGGCCAUCUUUCUCAGAGCUACUGGAGGAAAUCAGAAAACUGGCAGAAAAUCCGGAUUAACACACAAACACGUCUUUUACUGUUUAUUAUUUUACUGUUUAUUAUUUUACUGUUUAUUA